CCGGCGCUCUGCUUUCCGGCGCAUCCUGUACGACAGUUUAACCAGAGUCCCAAGGUUGAGGCCGAGAUCCACGACAUGGGGUCUGAGACAUCCCAACCUCUUCAGUCCUUCAAGAUCGAUGAGCCUUCUGAUACCGCUGCCGCCCCCGCCAAGCCUGCGCCCGCCAAGCCUGCGCCCCCAGCUACACCCGGAGCGCCGAACUCCCCAGCAGGACCCCGCCUGUUUAAUAACUGCUGGAGCUGUCGCUUGCUUUCUGGGUUGGGGCUGCUGGGGGCGGGCGGAUACGUGUACUUGGUGGCACGGAGGCCCAUGAAGAUGGGAUAUCCCCCGACUCCAGGGAUUAUUACUCAGAUGGUCAUCGGCAUCAGCAUUGCCACCUGGGGUAUCGUUAUCAUGGCAGAUCCCAAAGGGAAGGCCUACCGCGUUGUUUGAAAGUACCACCAGUCAAUUUGUCUUCUCCUGCCCCUGUCCCCUUGACACACAGAGCAGACAUGGAGUUUAUGGACAGACACUUGUACGUGGACAGACCUCAGUACUUUGGAUACUACAGGACUAAAAAGACAAUUAUAAGUUGUCAUUCUCUGGCUAUGAGUGUUUGUGGCUGUCAGAGGUUUCACAGGAACCAAUAAAUCCCUGGGAGAAGUAAA